CUGCAAAACUUUCUGCCUAAGAGAUCGGUUCAUUUUCUGCCAGAAGGACCGUCUUGCCACCUGCCCUUCCAAGAAAUUCCUGAAAUGGACCCAGACAAACAAGAUGCCCUCAACAGUACCGAGAAUUCCAUUUAUAGAACAGCCUUCAAGUUACGGUCUGUGCAAACCAUGUGUCAAUUGGACUUGAUUGACAGCUCUCAGGUUCAGCACGUCCUGCUACGUCAGAGUCUCUGGGAAGCAAGGGAGAGCCCCCUCUCCGUCAAGCAUCUUUUCCAGGCCGUCCAGGAGCUGUUUCAGGGAGCCAGGGUGGAAGAGCCAGGACAGGUGCACCCCAGAGCCUCAGAACUCACUCUGAGCCUUCUCACGACGAUGUAUGACAGCACGGGAACGGGAUUUCUCAAGCUCGCACCUGCGGCCGCUGCCCUGAUUGCUCUCUCAGGGGACAGCCCUCUUACAAAAUACAGAGCUCUUUUUCAGCUCUACGCGGAAAAUAACAGGGGAGGUUAUGAUUCUGGGGCACGCAUGACUCGAAGGGUUUUGAGAAACCUACUGACAGAUCUACAGCAGAUCCCGGCUGUCGUGGGCGAGAGUUGUGCUCUGGGCUCCGUGGAAAGUGCUAUCCGCAGUUGCUUCCAAGGGGUGCUGAGCCCGGCAAUCAAAGAAGAGAAAUUCCUAUCUUGGUUACAGUCUGAGCCUCCCAUCCUCCUGUGGCUCCCGACCUGCCACCAACUGUCAGCCACUGAAAUGGCCACUCAUCCUGCCCGGUGUAGAAUAUGUAGGAACUUCCCCAUCACGGGACAGAGAUACCGCUGUCUCAAGUGCCUCAACUUUGACAUCUGCCAGCUGUGCUUCUUAUCUGGUCUGCACAGCAAGUCCCACCAGGAGUCUCAUCCUGUGAGUGAGCACCGUGUCCAGAUGUCGGCAAAGGAGAACACGAAGCUCCUCCUCAGGGCCGUCAGAAACAACCUGCUCCAGGCGGGCUUUGGGAGGAAGGAAGCUGCGAGAAGGCAGUGGCUGCUGGAUCGGGCGAAUCCAAAGGGCGCGAGGGACCACGCACAGGCUAGGCUCCUUAAAAAACAACUAAACCGACACAAAGACAAGUUGCAAGCUAUAUACGCCUUCCAAGAAGAAAAAAGUUGCAGGUUUGAAACAAAGAUUCACGAACUCACAGCCCACCAGCACAGUCUGUGGACCAAGCUACAGCAAAUGGGGCAGAAUUUACAGGCAAUGUUACAGCCAGCCCAUUCAUCUCCUUCUUGUCAAAAUAUGGUUUCCAAGGGUAACCAUGGAAUGGGUGAGCAGCUUUGGAAGAAAGAAGAUUCUUCCCAGAUCAAGAGUGCCAUUGAGGAUGGUUCGGAAUGGGAACCUCUUCCUAACCCCACUGUGGCUAACAGAAGUCAACAAAGUGAAACAAAAGUAGAGGAUGCUUUACCAAAGUCAGAACCACCACAGGCCAUUUUGCAGCCAUCUUCAAUGCAAAGCACCAGGGCACAAAGCCCAACACAAGAGACCACCAGGGAAAUCUUUAGCCCCUCCCCCAGUCCCCAGGAGAGACUGCUGCAGGACACCCUCCAGACUGAUCCUGCUGAAAUAAACAGUCCUACUCUGGCACCCAUGGAAAGGAGAGAGACGGUUAAUAUCCAGGAGGAAAAGGAUGAGCUGGAGGAGGAGGAGCUGCAAGAAUUGUUAUCAAAACUUAUGGAUGCCUUCACUCUAGAAAUGCCAUCAGACCCACAGUCUUCAGUAAACAUGGACCUGUAUUGUGGAGCCGAGCGAGUAGGCAGGGCCUUCUCCGCCCUCAUCGAUCGAAUCACCUUGGCAAACUUUAAGUGAAAAGGAGUCCAGUCGCAGCCCCUUGGGGUGAUGACAACACGUAUUUUCAAAAUCUGUACUGAAAGAACUAAGCCUUCUACCCUCUGUCUCAAUAGUCUGGUGUGAAGCUGAAGAAAAGUUUAAUUUUCAGUCUCCUUACUCAUGUGUCUCAGUUCUUCAGAGGAAAGUCUUUGGGAGUGAAGGGUGGUUAAGGGAAAUGGAAAGAAGCAGCCAGAUCAAAUCCAGAUGUGCUGAGUUUCCUGUAGAGAGCCAUUCUUACUUUGGAGACCAUGGAGGUAAUACUCAAGUGUGUGAUCUAUAUGAAUUUGUGCAACUACCUUAUUCAGUAUUAUUUAAAUGACUUAAUUAAUGACCUAAUUUUCUAUCUGGUUGGUCUUGGUAGAGAAUAAACUUACAAAUACACACACAUACACACAUACACGAUGGAGUGCAUGCAGAACUGGUGAACUCUGAAUAAACUGUGGAUUGUACCAAUUUUCUCAUUGUUUAUUAUCCUGUAGCUCUGCAAGAGGUUGUCAUUGAUGGAGACUGGAUGCAGUAUAGGAUGUCUCUGUGUUGUUCCUCACAAGUGUCUACAAAUCCACAAUUAUCUCAAAUUUAUUUUUAAAACAUGAGUGUUUCUCAUUAAGACCCCACAUCCAAUGAGUUUGGCCAAGGAACCUGUGUGCUUCCUUUCUCUCUAUGUAUGUAAUUAGGGUGUGUAAUUAGGGUCUCUCUAUGUAUGUAAUUACAUGCUUGACUUUAUAAUGUGCACAGUAAUAGCUCAUAUUUCUGAUGGUUAGAGCACUUUGUUUCUAAGCACCUGGUAUGUACUAACUCAUUUAAUCCUCACAACAAAUCUAACAGGUAGAUAUUUUAUCAGACAACUGAAGCACAAAGAGGCUCAGCAACUUGUCCAAAGUCAUUUGGUUGGCACUUAAAGAAGUCGAGAUUCAAACCCAGCUCCCGUGCCUGUGCCCUAAGCACUGCUCUGCACUUUCUCUCAGUAAAUACUGUUAUGAUUCCAUUGUCUUACCUAUUAUCUUAAUGUGCAGUCCAUGUUAUAUUUAGAGAGGCUUUAGAUUUUAUUUAUAUGAUAUACAGUUUCUAGUACUAUUUCCAAAGUGAAAUAAUGUCUAGUUGGGUAAUAUUAGGACUGGAUUUUCUUUGUUCAGUCUCAUCCUAAUAAUUUUGAACUUGCUUUCCAAUUUAUCACAGAUUUUUUAUUUUGAUUUUGCUGCUCAGUGCAUUCCCUCUCCUUAUGUCAUCCUAGUUUGUUCCUUACAAGUUUGAUAAGCCUGCCCCAGAGCACCGGUCAGCAAGCCGCAACACGGGCUACAUCCUGCCCACUGCUGGUUAUAUAUAGGCUAUGAGCUAAGAGUGGUUAUUACAUUUUUUUAAUAAUCAAAAAAAUUUCAAAGAGUAAUUAUUUUGUGACACUUGACAAUGAUAUGAAUUCAAAUUUCAGGGUCUGUAAGCAAAGUUUUAUUGGAAUACAGUCAUGCUCAUAUGUUUAUGUAUUGCCUACAUCCUUCAUUCUACAAAGGAAGAAUUACUGGAUGACCCGCAAGCAUAGAAUAUUUAUUAUCCAACCCUUUGCUGAAAAAAUUGGGCAGCCUUUUUGUCAUGUGGACCAAGGUGAGACAGGAUAGAGGGGCCGGCAUUGUGCAAGCAUUGUAGAAAAGAGUAGCAUCUUUUUUGAUGAUUUAUAAGAGGUAAUGAGUUUGUGUGAUUUUUUAAAAGAAUAUGAUAAAAGACAUCAGAGCAAGUAGCUUGGAAGCAAAAGCACAAGCCCACGUAGAAAUGGUAGCUGAAGAGCGGCAGCCUCUGAGGUGUUCAUUCUCCUAACCAAGGGAAGCUGAGGCUGGGCCCCUCCCCAGUUCCUCCCCCAGACUUGCUUCCUUUAUUGUACGGCCUGACCAAUCUUCAGAAGCAGCUGAGUCUUCUAAUAAUAACCCUUUAGAUAAUAAUUUUAGUUUAUGGAGGGCCCUAAACCUUCAGUGAAAACAUUUACCUAGGCUUCCUUUGGACCUGGAAAAAGAGAGUGAAUUGCUACCACGUCUGAAAUUCAAACUGGUGGUCAAUCAUUGAUUCUAUUGGAAUGAUUGGACAGAUGAGAGUAACUGUAUAAGAUAAAAAGAGCAAUACACCUGGAGCCUGAAUACAUUUGCUAACUGGACUUCUCUGCUAUGAACCUCAUUCAGGCCUGGCCAUCUUAAGGGAAAAAAUUUAUGGGUAAUUUUCUCAUAAAGCUGUUCAUUUGACUUUUGGCUUGCUUUUCAAUGCAAAGUGUAACCAAUUACAGAGUUUUAAUAGUUAAUCAGAAAGAAAAUAUGCUAAUUUGGAAGGAACACACAAUGCUAUUUUA